AUGCCACGCGCUAGAAUUGAGGGCCUUCUUGUCUCAUUUCCAAAAUUGACGAGUACUGGACAGCAGCAUACUACAAUUGAAACCGAACAUGUUCGUUACGUCUAUCAACCCCUUGAUGAAUUAUACAUGGUUCUUAUUACCAAUCGCCAAUCUAAUAUCUUGCAAGAUAUUGACACUCUACAUCUAUUUGCUCGUGUGGUAUCGGAUGUUUGUCGAUCCAAUGACGAAAGAGAGAUUUUGAAAAAUAGUUUUGAACUUUUGAGUGCUUUUGAUGAAAUUGUUUCAUUAGGUUAUCGAGAAAAUGUAAACUUGGCACAGGUCAAGAGCAUCACAGAAAUGGAAAGUCAUGAAGAAAAGAUUCAAGAAAUAAUAGCAAAA